GUGGGUGUGGCCUCUGACAGAGUAAUGGCGGAGCCGCGUCGCUGGUGCUCGUCUCGCUCGAGCCUCUCGGAGCUGGUCUAACGGAUCGUGGCCCCUGAGCUCGGACUUCUCUUCGGAAUCGAACUGUGAUGCGUCGUCACGAUGGGAAACAUCUUCGGGAAAAAGAAAGUGACGCGCGUGACGGAGCAAGACAAGGCGAUUCUGCAACUGAAGCAGCAGAGAGAUAAACUGCGUCAGUACCAGAAGAGGAUCCACCUGCAGCUGGAGAAGGAGCGAGCUCUGGCCAAGCAGCUGCUGAAGGAUGGAAAGAAAGACAAAGCUCUCCUCCUGCUGAAGAAGAAGCGCUACCAGGACAAACUGCUGGACAAGACGGAGAAUCAGAUCAGCAACCUGGAGCGACUGGUUCAAGACCUGGAGUUCGCCCAGAUCGAGCAGAAGGUGCUCGACGGCUUGAAGGUCGGAAACGAGUGUCUGAAGAAGAUGCACGAGGUGAUGUCGAUUGAGGAAGUGGAACGGAUCAUGGAUGAAACUCAAGAUUCCAUCGAUUACCAGAGGCAAAUCGACGAGAUGUUGGCCGGCUCGUUCACACAGGAGGAUGAAGACUCUGUUCUCGCUGAGCUGGAGGCCAUUACUCAGGGAGACGUGGAUCUUCCCGAGGUUCCUUCAGACGAGCUGCCAGACGUUCCAGAGGAAGAGGAGGAGAAACCAGAGCGAGAACGUCCCAGAAAGAAACCAGCCCGGGAGCUGCUCGCUGCAUGAGAGCAGGCCGACCUCCAGCUGCUGGUUUUCUACAACACUCCAGUCCCACAGGAAACAAACAUUUAGCAGGAAGCCUCGCUCCCCCACUGCUCCGUCAGAAAUUGGCAGCGGCUUCCAGACACUGAUCCUCCUCCAACUCCUCCGGUGGCUGUUUGUCCUCUGCUGCAGGACGACACUUGAACGCAUCACGACUGGUUCAUCAGAAACUUUGACAAACGCUGAUUUUACUCCUGAUGACAUUAGACGAUUAACUCUAACCUCUGAUUCAUGUUCCUCUCCACUAAAUCAUUUUACAUAACUUACCUUUAAUAUGUGUGAUUCCCCCCCCCAUCAGUGUUAUUCAGUCUGUAAUGAUUCAGUCAUUUCGUUUGUGACACUCAAGAAUCUUAAUUAAAAAACUGUAGCAACAAGAAUCUCUCUCCAGACACAAAGUCCGAGUUGUUCUGAAUAACACGAUUCUGUUUUUCAUCGGUUCCACUUUCCACUGAAGCAGGAGACGUCUCAGACUCCAGCUGAAAUGAAAAACUGUAUUUCAAACUUCAGCUCAGAAAAUAAACGAGUUCAGGAACGAAUAUUACAUUUAUCAAUUGGUUUCAUGAUGUUGCAGCUUAUCACUGUUUUCAUUGACCAGAAUAUCGUUAGUUCUUCGUUUAUAAAGAUUGUUUUUAAAAUCUGAAAAUGAGAUUUGGAACAUUUUAAAUACUCGACAGCCCAAGGAGUUUUGUUUCUCUGUGAAUUGGUGAAUUGACCCUUUAAGACCAGAAGGAUGAGACUGUACUGAGCUCUGUUCAGACCUGCUCUUCCUCCUCUUCCUCCUCUUCCUCAGUCGUCCUGACCUUGAGCUCUUUUCAAACAUUUAACCCUGAAACUUCUGAAGUUGAAACUUUUGCUUUAGUUUUACAGCAGAGCCUCUGACCAUCUGAAGGUUUCACAACAAGAUGUUGAUCUUCAACACGUUCACACAACCUGGAUCUUUAGUGUCAUCAACACAAAGUUUUACUGAGUUUCACUGAGUGUCACAUAAGUUACACAUGUUUAAAUCACAGAAUCAUAAAGCUUGUGUUUCUCUGAAGAUCCAGUUCAUCUGUAAAUCACUUCAUGUCAGACAGAAAACACAGAUGACGUCAUCAGCUUUGCUUUAAAUUAGUUUCUGUAAAUUCUUUUUCAAUAAAGUUGAGUUUUUUUAUUGUCACAA